AUGAAAUCCUCUGAGCAAGAGAGAAAUUCACCGUUUUAUACUCAUGAAUUAGGAGUUUUUACACAGGAAUAAGAAGAAAUGUAUGGAUGCUGGAGUCGACAUGGCGUGAAGUCCCUCAUAUAGUAUCUACCCAUCAACUAUUAUCAAGGAGGGCUGGUCGGGCGGUAUGGCGGAGGGGGAGGACGCCAUGAGCCAGGAGGACUGGAAGGAGAAGUGUAUGGUCCUGGAGGCGCUUCUCAUGAAGUUCAGAGUGCAGAUCAUCAAGAUUCGAGAACUCACUGCCGACAAGAUUCAACAGUUGGAGACGCAGGUGAUCGAUGCAGAAAAACGGGCCUUCACCGCUCACCAGCAGGUGCAGUGGAUGGAGGAGAAGCUGAAAGCUCCAGACAGUCCGUCGGGAGACUCGGAGGUGCGUUUGUUCCAGCGGUGCCAGGAGCUGCAGGCCGUGGUGCAGGAGAAGGAGGACGUCAUCGGCCAGCUGGAGCAGCAGCUGGAGGAGCAGAAACAGAUCCGACUUCAGGACUCCAAAACGGUGGAGGAGAAAGCAGCUAAGAUCAAGGAAUGGGUGAUGCUGAAGUUGUCAGAGUUUGAGGUGGAGAACGCAGCAUUAAGAGAAACCAACAAGCAGCAGGAGGCUCAGAUUGUGGAGUUACAGAAACAAGUGCAGGCCUUCGAGCAGAAGUGUGGUGGUGGACGAGGCGUCCUGUGCAGACCCGGUGAGGCCCAGCGGCUCAGCAGCCUGACGUUUGGCUGUUUCCAGGUGAGGGGGAAGAGUCCCCAGGUCCUGACGGGACCAGCACCCUGCAAGAGGACGCUCAGCACCCAGGGGGAGAUUACUGAGGGCCGAGAUGAAUCUGAGAAGAGCAGUAAGCAGACCGCCUCCUCAGGGACAAACGGUGAAGUCCAGAGACCGGACCAGACUGAGACGGAGGAUGACAGUGCGUCUGAAAGCCUGGGUGACAAUGAGCGAGGUCCUGAGUCUCGUGGUGUCUCCUCCGUGCUCUCCAGUGCUGCGUCAGAGGGAGAGAUAGCAGGAGGAGGAGGAGGAGGAGGAAGGUGUGAGGGCAGAGCGUGUGGUCUGGAGUUCAGCCGCCCCGGCAGCGAGACUUACCUGACCGCUUCGGACGACAGCAGCUCUCUGUUCGACGACGACAUGCAGCGUGCUGAGCGGCCCGGCUUCAGCCUGCUGGGGUCAUCGGAUGGGACACUGGGAGGGUGCAAGGAGGAAGAGGACGAGGCACACAGGGCCAAGCUGGAGGACUGCACCUCUGAGGAGCUCAACAAACGUUUCCAGUCGCAGAGACUUGACUCGUCAUCCUCUUCCAGCGAGCCUAACACCCCCAGCCCCAUCCUCACUUCAGCCCUCACCCCUAAACGACCCAACCCACCCCAGGACCCGAGGGACAACCCCGCCUCGCCCAAACAGCCCCGUCUGCGGACCCAAGCAGGCUUCGGGUUGAUGAACGUGGCUCUGGCAAAGAAACACCUGAGCCAGCCACCAAUCAGCACUGAGGCAACACACGGGCGAACGCGUAACGCUCUCAGCAUGCUGCGCCCACUGCGCCCACAGGAAACUGACCUCGACCAGGAGCAGGAUGUUGGCAUGGAGACGGGCGGGGACACGCCUCCUCAGAUCCUCCCCAGCUCACAAGCUGCGUCUGAACCUGGUGCAGAGAUCAGCCAAGAGAGGCAAGACUGUGACAGCUCAGCACCGCCUACACCCCCUCUACACAGGCUGCCAUCCUGGGAGAGUCGUAUCUAUGCCGUGGCUAAAUCAGGAAUCCGACUGUCUGAGACAUCCUGCACAGACCCUGCUAGCAAAGACCCCUCCCUCCAGUCGUCCUAUCCUGCCUUUGUAAUGUACACGUCCCUCAUCUAUAGAAACAUGACUACUCCUGUUUACACCACUCUGAAGGGGAAAGCCACCCUGCUGAGCAGCAGUCCGUUCUCAGAUGAGUCGUCCAGCUCCGAGGAGUCGUCCAGCUCAGGAGAGGAGGACGGCUCCCACUGCAGCUCCCACACCUCCUCCAGCUCCCGCAAGGACAGCAGCCCGGGCAGCCCGCGCUCCCUCAAGAGAGCUGUGUCCAUGUCUUCAAUGACAUCAGAGAGCGACUACGCCAUCCCUCCUGACGCCUACUCCACCGACACAGAGUGCUCUGAACCGGAGCAGAAACUCCCCAAGACCUGCUCUUCAGCCAGCGACAACGGCAAGAGCGAACCGAUGGAGAAGUCAGGCUACCUGCUGAAGAUGGUGAAGACCUGGAAGAAAACUUGGAAGAGACGCUGGUUCGUCCUCAAAGACGGAGAGCUGCUCUACUACAACUCACCUAGUGAUGUGAUCAGGAAACCUCAGGGUCAGAUCGAGGUCAACGCCACCAGCAGCAUCGCCCGUGGAGACGGAAAACAAGUCCUCCAGGUGGUGACAGGGAAGCGUGUAUACUACCUGAAGGCUGACUCUCCUAACUUGCUGGAGGAGUGGCUCAGGGUGCUGCAGAGCGUCCUCAGGGUGAAAGCUGCCAGUCCUCUCUUCACCCAGCCGGAUAUUCGCCCCGGCAUGAAGGGACUGCUCAUCAAGGUGAAGCACGGCUACUCUAAGCGGGUUUGGUGCGCUCUGAUUGGCAAAACCUUGUACUAUUUCCGCAGCCAAGAGGACAAGUUCCCCCUGGGUCAGAUUAAGCUGUGGGAGGCGCGGGUGGAGGAGGUGGACAGGUCGAGAGAUUCAGAUGACGACCUGAAGGCGUGUGGGCGGGGCUUACAGGCGUCACCUUUCACCAUCGCCAUCCACCCACAAGAGCAGGGACCGACCUACCUGCUCAUCGAGUCCCGCCACGAAAAGAAUUCGUGGCUGUACCAUCUGUCUGUGGCAGCGGGCACCACGGUGGGAAAAGUCGGCACUGAGUUCGAACAACUGGUGGGAAAACUCUUCCAACUGGACGGAGAUCCAAACUCUCAGAUCUGGAGACAUCCCAUGUUGUGUUUCAGUAAGGAAGCUCUGUUGUCUCCGCUCACCACGCUGCCUUCACAAGCUCUGCAGACGGAGGCCGUUAAACUCUUUAAGACUUGUCAGCUUUUCAUCAACGUGGCCAUCGAUGCUCCGGCCAUUGACUACCACGUCUCUCUGGCCCAGAGUGCUUUGCAGGUGUGUCUGACCCACCCUGAGCUUCAGAACGAGUUCUUCUGCCAGCUCAUCAAACAGACCCGCAGGAGGCAGCCACACGGACAUCCAGGACCGCUGCAGGGUUGGCAGUUUCUAGCCUUGUGUGUGGGACUGUUUCUGCCUCAGCAUCCGUUCCUCUGGCUGCUGCAGGUUCACCUCAAAAGACACGGGGACUCCAGGACUGAGGUGGGUAAGUAUGCCAUCUAUUGCCAGCGCUCUAUGGAGCGGACCCAGCAGAAGGGCGAGAGGCAGGCCAGACCGUCCCGUAUGGAGAUCCUGUCCAUCCUGCUGAGGAAUCCCUAUCAUCACUCCCUGCCAUUCAGCGUCCCCGUUCACUUCCUCAAUAACACCUACCAGGUGGUGAGCUUCGAUGCUUCGACCACAGUGGACGAGUUCCAGUGUCGCCUCAACCAGGACACCGGCAUCAGGAAAACGGGGCUCUCUGGUUUCAGCUUGUACACUGAUGACCCCACUGGACGAGAGCUGGAACACUGUCUGCAAGGAGGCAUCAAGAUUUGUGACAUUAUAUCCAAAUGGGAGCAAGCCUCUAAGGAGCUGCACACCGGCAAGUCUGAGAACACCAGGACGGUCCGCCUCACCUAUAAGAACAGGCUGUACUUCUCUCUCCAAGUCAGGGGGGAGUCAGAGAGGGAGAGAUUGCUGCUGGCUUAUCAGACGAAUGAGGCCAUUGUAGCGGGACAUUUCCCUGUCAACAAGGAGCUGGCUCUGGAAAUGGCUGCCCUGCUGGCCCAGGUGGAGUUUGGGGACUUUGAGCGUCCCUUCUCCGCUCCAGGAUCAGCCCAGACCAAGUCUAACCAGACCUUGAAACAGGUUCUGGACCGACUUUACCCCAAACAUUACCGCAGGACCACGUCUGAGGAGCAGCUCAGACAGCUGCUGCAGCGUCUCUCGGCCCGCUGGGCCUCCCUCAGGGGUCGAAGUUCUUCCGAGUGUGUCAGGAUCUACCUGACCGUUGCCAGGAAGUGGCCUUUCUUUGGUGCCAAAUUAUUUGAAGCAGAGUCCAUCACUCCGUCUCCAGAGCAGGGAGCACGUGUUUGGCUGGCGGUGCAUGAAGACGGUGUCAGCGUUCUGGAGCUCAACUCUGUCAAGCCGCUGGUGUCCCACCCAUACAAGAACCUGAUGACGUUUGGAGGCUGCAAACAGGACUUCAUGCUGGUUGUGGGUCAGAGCAUCGGUGCCAACGCCAGCAAAGACAAACCUACAGAGAAACAUCUGUUUGCUAUGGACGCCUCCAAGAUAAGGGAGCUCACCCUCCUCAUCUCCAGCUACGUCAACAGCGCUCAUCAGCAGAAGGCCGCUGCCCACCACCUCUCCGCCCCGGCUCUGAUGGUGGCCCAGCCCAUCAGCCUGAAGAGCAAAGAGCUGAGGAGCAAAUCCCCACCAGCGCUGGGACGCCCCAGCAAGACGCCCACGCUGCUCUGAUCUCUGACAGAGAAAUAUUCACUUUACUGAGCUGCCUUUUACCUUAUUUAAAUAUAAAAAUGAAGGAUUUAUCUACAGAUGCAUUGUCACACAGCUCUUCUUUCUUAUAAGUCUGAUCCUGUCCGGGCACUUCUCUGCCAAAACCAUGGGUGCUCCAUCCAGAUGAGUUUGGACUCACCUCUCUCAUGUGUUUGGUAUAAUUUGAUGUGCUGAGAUUGCAGCCGUUUACUGACAUCAUCAUACAGGAUUUCUGGAAGUUUUUGACCUUUUAAUUUUAAGCAGUUAAUUCCUGAGAGGUGAUUUUGAAACCGGAGCUGUGUGUGUGGGUACAAAGGUGUCUCGAAACAACUUUGCUUAACAAUCUCCAAGGACAUUUUCGGUCUCCCUGAUGAAUGCGUCACUUUUAUGUGCCGACUCCAAAGAGAAAAAGUCAACACUAUUUAUUGACAGACUGAGCUGGCGUCUCAUUAACGCCUCAUUAAUCUAUCUGUGCUGUGCGGUACAUUUCUUUUUGUACAGAUGCUCUUUGAAGUAGUCUUUUGUAUUACCGUCUUAAAAAACAAUGCAGUCAUACACAAUGUAGAAGAGGCUUUGUUAAAGGAUAAUUAACAGGGUGUUUUGGUAUCUUUUUUCUGUCCUCCUGUAGGGCUCAAUGACUCUAGCAGGAACUAAAACCCUCACAGUGUUCAGAUAUCGUUGUAUAAUGAACAAUAUGAUGAAAGCAGGAGGCAACACUGCAGCUGAAGAACGCUGUUGAAAAAGUGAGUUCACGUUUGCGAUGCAGUGGAUGUGAUUGAAGAGCGGGUGAGUCGGUUGUGUCGGGGAAAAGACCGGUAUAUAGGAGGACACCAGUUUGGACCCUGUGUGCUCUGAGUUACUGAGUAGCCAGGAGAGUGGUGGAACUUUAAUCAUGUACAAAUACUUCAAGCCUUCCUGGUGGAGGGAAUAUCUGAAAUCAGCGAGUGUGUUUCACGUGACGUCAUUUAGAGAAGUAACGCAGGGUUGACGUUAAUAUAGAGGAAGAUGGUAAGAGGAUGUGAUAGAUGUUGAGGGAACAGGUUGGUGGAAAUGUUAUCGGGUUAAAGAGGAAUAUAUUAUUCUGUUCUGUUUAUUACCUGGCAUGGCACAGAAUAUGAAGGUAUUUUAAAGGAAGCCAGAUCAGAAGUAGGUCAAUGCAAUGAUUAAUCUAUUAGUUGUCAACUAUUAAAUUGAUCGCUAACUAUUCUGAUAAUCGAUUAAUCGGUUUGAAUGACUUUUAAGAAAAGAAAAAAAAUAUUUUGAAAAACGCACUUUCCCAAAUUUCUCAUUCAACGACCCAAAGAUGUUCAAUUUACACUGAUAUAAAAGAGAGGAAAGCAGAACAUACUCACAUUUACCAGCAAAUGUUUGGCAUUUUUACU